AGUGAGAUUGUCAUCCCUCCAACUCCAAAGACUAUCACAUGCGCCCCCGUAGAGGUGGAAGGUGAAGAAGAGGACGUCCGCUGUUCCAGGCUGCUGUUUAAAGAGGAUUUCUUAUCUGAACAAUACUUUGGAGAGAAUCAACCUGCCAGUAUAAUUACUGAAAAGAUCCACUUUGGGGAGGGGAUGCACCGGCGAGCCUUCCGGACUAAGAUGCAAGCGGGUCAGAUACCCUUGUUACUACCUGGAGACUCGUGUGUGCUCAAAGUGCACACUUCUAUAAGCUAUGGGACCAAGAAUGAUGACGAGCUCGUUCAGAAGAACUUCAGCUUGGCUGUCGAGGAGUGCCAGGUCCAGAACACAGCAAGAGAGUACAUCAAGGCGUACACUACUGCAGCCCAGUCUUUGGAAGCCUUUGGAGAGAUCCCAGAGAUCAUUCCAAUCUACCUGGUUCACCGUCCAUCCAAUGACGUCCCGUACGCCACACUGGAGGAGGAGCUGAUUGGUGACUUUGUCAAGUAUUCAGUAAAAGAUGGCAAAGAGAUCAACCUGAUGAGGCGGGACUCAGAGGCCGGACAGAAAUGUUGUGCUUUCCAGCACUGGGUCUACCAAAACACAGAGGGAAACCUUCUGGUUACUGACAUGCAAGGAGUGGGAAUGAGGCUUACUGAUGUAGGAAUAGCCACGUGUAAAAAAGGAUAUAAGGGCUUCAAGGGAAACUGUGCCACCACCUUCAUUGACCAGUUCAAAGCCUUGCACCAGUGCAACAGGUUCUGUGAGAUUCUGGGCCUUAAGUCCCUGCAGCCCAAACCUAAAAAGCCUGCAGGGGCUCCGAAACCCAAACCCCAACCUGCUGCUUCUGCUGCUGCUGCACCCAAGAAGAAAACUUUUGGGCCAACAGUGAAGGGCAAGUCAUAG